CGCCGGGUUAUGGUGGCACCGGGCUGAGCGCCGGGACGCGCCGAGGCGGCAGCGGGGGCCGAGCCCGGAGCCAUGGAGGGGCCUGGCCAGGAGGCCUACGAGGAGGGGAUGAGGAGGAGCCUGGACCCCGAAGGCUACGAGGACCCCGGGCUGAAGAGCUCCCACCUGUCGCUGGGCGAGAUGAGCACUGUGUCCGUGACCGAUGUGGACCUGGAGGCAGCAGGGAGCAGGAGGCUCCUGUCCCAGCCGGACAGCCACGAGGGAUACGUGGAGCUGCACGAGCUGGUCCUGGACAAUGCAAAGGACUUGUGCUGGAUGGAGGCCGGCCACUGGCUCAGGCUGGAGGAGGACUUCCAGGAGUCCGGGGACUGGAGCCAGCCCCACCUGUCCUUCCUGACCUACCACAGCCUCCUGGAGAUCCGCCGGGCCCUCAGCAAAGGUGCCAUCCUCCUCAACAUGGAGGCCAACUCGCUGCCCGCCAUCGUCCACAUCCUGCUGGACCAGCUCAUCUACGAGGGGCAGAUGAAGCCGCAGGACCGGGACGAUGUCAUGAGGACGCUGCUCCUGCGCCACAGCCACCCCACCGAGGACGAGUCGGUGUGGACGAUGCCGCCGGCGCUGGUGCAGCGCUCGGGCACCGGCAGGGCCGACGUGGAGCGGCCUCUCCUGAGGGAGCAGCGGCCCGUGGAGAUGAGCAGGAUGGCGGGGAAGGAGCAGAGCGGGGUCCCCAAACCCCAACUCCUGGAGACGAUCCCAGAGGGUGCUGAGGCCACCCUGGUCCUUGUGGGCUGUGCAGCCUUCCUGGAGCAGCCCGUGCUGGCCUUUGUGCGCCUGAAGGACGCGGUGACACUGGACGGUGUCCUCGACGUGUCCAUCCCCGUCCGCUUCCUCGUCGUGGUGCUGGGGCCCGACACGCCCCACAUCAGCUACCACGAGAUCGGCCGUGCCAUCGGCACCAUGAUGUCCGAGAGGGUGUUCCGCCGGGACGCGUACCUGGCCGAGGGCCGGCCGGAGCUGCUGCGGGCCGUGGAGGAUUUCCUGGACGCCAGCAUCGUCCUGCCGCCCAGCGAGGCCCCCAGCGAGCCGCUGCUCCGCGCCCUGGUGCCGCUGCAGCGGGAGCUGCUCCGACGGCGCUACCAGCCCCUGGAGAGGCUGCACAUCGGGGACUUCCUGAAGGAUCUGGGGAAGGACGAGGCGGCUGCGGAGGAUGACGACCCCCUGCGCAGGACGGGGCGGCCCUUUGGGGGGCUGGUGCGGGACAUCCGCCGCCGCUACCCCAAAUACCUCAGCGACAUCAAGGAUGCCCUGAACCCCCAGUGCCUGGCCGCCGUCAUCUUCAUCUACUUCGCGGCGCUGUCCCCCGCCAUCACCUUCGGGGGCUUGCUGGGUGAGAAGACCAAGGGGAUGAUGGGGGUGUCAGAGCUGCUCAUCUCCACCUGUGUGCAGUGCGUGCUCUUCAGCCUCCUCAGCGCCCAGCCCCUCCUCGUCGUCGGCUUCUCGGGACCCCUGCUGGUCUUUGAGGAAGCCUUUUACUCGUUCUGCAGCAGCAAUGGCCUGGAGUACAUCGUGGGACGGGUCUGGAUCGGGUUCUGGCUGAUCCUGCUGGUGCUGGUGGUGGUGGCGUGCGAGGGCAGCUUCCUGGUGCGCUACCUGUCCCGCUACACGCAGGAGAUCUUCUCCUUCCUCAUCUCCCUCAUCUUCAUCUUCGAGACCUUCUCCAAGCUGGUCACGAUUUUCAAGCAACACCCACUGAAGAGGGAAUACAGCGUGCAGGCUGAGGUGCAGCCCGGGGUGCCCGAGCCCAACACGGCGCUGCUGUCCCUGGUGCUCAUGGCUGGCACCUUCUUCCUGGCCUACUUCCUCCGCGUGUUCAAGAACAGCUCCUUCCUGCCCGGCAAGGUGCGGCGCCUGAUCGGGGACUUUGGGGUGCCCAUUUCCAUCUUCAUCAUGGCACUGGCUGAUUUCUUCAUCAACGACACCUACACCCAGAAACUCAGCGUCCCCAAAGGGCUGCAGGUCACCAACGCCACUGCCCGGGGCUGGUUCAUCCACCCCAUGGGCAACACCACCCCCUUCCCCAUCUGGAUGAUGUUUGCCUCCGUGAUUCCCGCCCUGCUGGUCUUCAUCCUCAUCUUCCUCGAGACGCAGAUCACCACCCUCAUCGUCAGCAAGCCCGAGAGGAAGCUGGUGAAGGGCACGGGCUUCCACCUGGACCUGCUGCUGAUCGUGGCCAUGGGGGGGCUGGCAGCCCUCUUUGGCAUGCCCUGGCUCAGUGCCACCACCGUGCGCACCAUCACCCACGCCAACGCCCUCACCAUCAUGAGCAAGACCUCGGCCCCGGGGGGCAAAGCCCAGAUCCUGGAGGUCAAGGAGCAGCGCAUCAGCGGCCUGCUGGUGGCUGUGCUCAUUGGCGUCUCCAUCCUGAUGGAGCCCAUCCUGAAGUACAUCCCCCUGGCUGUGCUCUUUGGCAUCUUCCUCUACAUGGGCGUCACCUCCCUCUUUGGCAUCCAGCUCUUUGACCGCAUCCUGCUCCUGCUGAAGCCCCCCAAGUACCACCCUGAUGAGCCCUACGUCACCAGGGUGAAGACUUGGAGGAUGCACCUCUUCACCUUCACCCAGAUCGUUUUCCUGGUGGUGCUGUGGGUGGUGAAGUCCACGCCGGCCUCGCUGGCUCUGCCCUUUGUCCUCAUCCUCACCGUGCCCCUGCGGCGCUUCCUGCUGCCCAGGAUCUUCCGGGACAUCGAGCUCAAAUGUCUGGACGCAGAUGACGCCGUGGUGACCUUUGACGAGGCCGAGGGGACAGAUGUGUACAACGAGGUGCAGAUGCCCAGCUAAGGGCGCCCCCAACGCCCCCCCAGCUG